AUGAAGAAGCAGUUCUAUCUAUUGCUUCUAUCUAUUUUAUCACAUCAAACAUUGGCAUCAUUUUGUGGUUCAACUGGUGUACCAUUUAGCAUCGAAGUUCUUCCUUCAGGUGCACCGAUACUUGGCUGCGCUCAGCCAACUUGUGUUGCAAAUUCAAAUGACAAAAAAGAUGACAGCAAUUUUCUGGUAAAUGCUAAUGGACAAGCGGAUGGAUUUAUGCGUGAAGAUGACAAAGACAGUAAAGUGUAUGGUGAUCCUUAUGGCAGUAAACUUAUCGCUAAUUGUUCCGGUCAAUUUUCUGAUUUAUCAUGUUUACGUAAAGAUCAAUGGGUUGGAGGCAUCGAAUACAUUGAUCAUCCACGACAACCGCUAAUCUUACAAUGCUGUACAUUCGCCGGAUUACGAUUUUCACAAGAUGUUGGAACAACAAAUGUUGGCCCAGGUGAAGCGAUUACUGGUGGUGAAGUAAUUAGAGAUGGGCGACAAAUAAGUUUUGAUGUGAUAGCAAAUGUUCGAAAAGUGGUAGAUGCUAAUACACAUAUUGUAUCAUACGAAGUUACGGUACGACGAAUGCAUUGUUUACCGGAUCCACCGGAACCAGUUGUUGAUCUGGAAAAGGAUGUCAGUGAUGAAAUUGUGAAAGUACUAACAAAAGGAACUGAUCUUUCAACCUUUCGAAAGGAGAAAGCAUCUAGAAAGGAGAAAUUGGAGGAUUUACAAAGCAAAAAAGCAUUCACUGAUAUUACCGCCUAUAAAAUUGACGAAAAAAAGCAAUACAAGAAAGGUGAAUUCGAAGAGAAGGAAAGCCUUAAAACAAUUUUAACGAAUAGAAACGAAGCAAUCCGUAGGCGAGAGGAAGUGGAUGUUAAAGCAGAAAUAACACUGAAACCAAAUAUUGCUCAAUCAUUAACUAUUCCAUUUAAUAAUCGUAAAUCGGAAACUGGUUCGAGUGGUACUGGUAAUAAUUUCCCAGAUGAAAAUAACCUCGCUAUUGCUAAUUUCCCAGUGGUUCAGGGCGAAUCAAAAGCAUUUGGUCAACCGCAAGUAAAUUUAUUCGGUCAGCAACAUCCGCAACUACCAUUACAACAACCCGAAUUUGGCUUUGGUCCCUUUCAACAACAAGCAUCAAACCAAAUUAUUCAACCAGGACAAAAUCAUAAUCGUGAACCAUGCACAGCACAAUGUCAACAAACAUCAUGCUUCAUGCAGCGAUGCAAUCAAGGCCUAAAUCCAGUUUUAGGAAUUCCUACACUCUUUCCUCUAAAUCUUCCAACCUUACCAACCUUUCCAACUUUAGCACCACCAACCUUCCGACCAUUUAUAACCCAGAGCUAUCCUACAAUAGCUUCACAAUCUUCUCAGUCAGCAUUUCAACCUGUUCCCGGAUCAUUUCAGCCUGUUCCGGGUUAUGUUGAUCCAUCUAAUUCCGGUCAUACUGUUUCAUUAAAUUCACUACCAUAUUUUGCUGCUGAUAAUGCCAAAAGAAAUGUUAACUCGAAUAACAGAUUAAUGCAACUAUCAAAUGCUCCUAUAAUUCAUACUCCUCCUACACCUAUUUCGAACUCAAUUCCAACACAACCAUCAGCAAUAGCUUCCGGUAGACCAGUCCUUUUAUCCGGUAAUCAAGCUCCUAGGAGCCAAGUUACAUUAAAGCCAUUAUCAACAUUUGAAGAAUUGAUGGCUGGACUUGGCUAUCAUAAUGUAAGCCUUGUUACAUUAACACCAUCAGGAGCAUUACUAUUUCCUCCUGAUUUCACAUUAGCUACUCCAUUUCCUCCUCUUUCACCUUUAUUGCAUCCGACAACAACUACUACUCAAAAUCAAAUUCCAAUGUUUAAUCCAGGAAUUGGUAUACAACCAUUUCAAUCAGAUCAGUAUCGUCGUUCUUCCGUAUUGUAUGUACCGCAACAAGAUUUGGAUGAUGGAAUACUACAACGAACAGGUCUCCGACAAUUCUAA